CAUUCCCCCCCAAACCUUUACCAAACCCAACAACAACGACCAAUCCACUCCACGUCUCCACCCCAAUUCCACCACCACCGCCGCCGCCGCCGCCGCGGGGUACUCACACCGAUGCGCGCCGCCGUCGCCGCCGCCGAGCUGCCACCGCCGGAUCGUCGCUAGGUGUUCCGCGCCGCCAUGUUGUACCCGGAGCGGCCGAGCCGCGUCAACGGGACGGCCACCGUCGACUGCUCGGCCUACCCGCUCGACUGCCACCCGGUCUGCCCAGGCGGCAGCUGCUACGAGAUCGCCGAGCCCCCGCCGCCGUCGCCGGUGGUCCCGCGCGUCGACGUGGCCGUCGACGACCACCACCUCCCCGUACGCCUCCUCCUCACCGUCUCACUCCUCUCCGCCUUCCUGUUCAUCUCGCUCUCUGUCUCCACGAUCCUGCUCUACCGCCGCCGCGUCGUCCUGCGCCGCCGGCGCCGGGCCGCGACCGCGCCGCUCCCCGGCGACGACGGGUUCGGCGACGGGGAUGAGGAGGCGGGGGGCGGCGGCGGGGAUGUGCACCACGUGUGGUACAUCCGCACGGUGGGGCUGGACGAGGCCACCAUCACGUCCAUAGCCACCGCGGAGUACCGCGCCGGAGUUGGGUGGGGAGGGGACUGCGCGGUGUGCCUCGGCGAGUUCCGCGACGGGGAGUUGGUCCGCCUCCUCCCGCGCUGCUCGCAUCCGUUCCAUGCGCCUUGCAUCGACACCUGGCUCCGCGCACACGUCAACUGCCCGCUCUGCAGAUCCCCAGUCGUCGUUCCCUCCGAUCUCCCCGCCACGGCUACCGAAGGUGAGGCGGAGGGUGGUGGGCAAGCGGAAGAGCACCAGGUGUUUGAUGAAAUCUCGCUAUCGGAAUCACGUGCCGAUGUCUCCGAGGAUUCUGACACCUCUUCGGACACUCAAAGUGAGGACACAGCAGCUUCACCAGAGGAUGGUGGGAGGGUGAUGCCCAAGCCAAUACGGCGCUCGGCGUCCAUGGACUCACCGUUAUUCCUGGUGGUUGUGCCUGAAGCGCAGGACGAUGCCAUGCGGGGUGAUCGAAAAUUUCCGAAUGGUCAAGAGAUGAAGUUAUUCAGCGUGAAAGAGAAGGAUGCAACAGGGACGUCUUCUUCCUCUUGUCAGGCAGGGCGGUUUGGGAUUGGCAGAUCGAUGUCGAGCAGUGGGCAGGGGUUCUUCUUCUCACGGAAUGGGCGCUCCAGUAGUGCUGUGUUACCACUGUGAGUUGGCAUGAUUUUGCUGUCAAAGGGAGUUGCAGCCUCAGCAAAGCUGGGAGCUGGUAGUGUGUCAUGUCUUUUGAUAGAAAGCGUAUACCAGAUAACCAGAGAGCUGAAGUAGCUCUUGGAGAAAAUCUCCUUCUGAGACAAAUGAGUUGACAAUUGUAACUGUGGAGGUGAUAAGUACUUCUUGAGUUGAUGAGCUCGUGUAAAUUUGUACCUCCCAGGUUGCCUGUAUCAUAGUUUUGAGCUUGGGAUCUAGUGAAUUUGAAGGAACAAACUCAAGUUUGUCUUCUCUC